GAAUUUGUUUAUAUGUUUGGAGUAAUCCGUCGUUCUCCAACAUGUGAAAGAAGAUGAAUUUCUUUAUUUAAUAACAUUGAUUUGGAUUUGUGUGGACUCCAUAUUUUUACACCAUGUCGUCGGAGGCCGUGGUUAAAUGUGUUGCCAAGAAACUGAAAUACUAUUUUGAUGUGAGGAGAUUAGAAGAUGGAUUUGACUUAUCUGGCGUAAACUGUCCCCAGCUAGAUCAUCCUCCACUGAAAUCAAGGCCCACCCUGCAGUAUGAUGGCUUACACGACAGGGCCCUGAAGCACUACUUCAGCCUCCCCGAGGUCAGGGUCAAACUCACUCAGAUGGGACCGGACGUCUGUGAACCCAAACAGAAGAUUGUCAAGAAGAAGCUCAAACGUCACAUGGUCAAACAUCACUUCCUGCUUACUCGGGACCCAGAUGUGGAACCAUUGUCCGUAUUAUAUGGACCACCGAAGUCGCCUGGAUCUCGGAUUCGGCCCUCUACGUUACCUGAAUAUGCUUACAUGGAGACCAGGGAGGGGAGACGACUCCGUAGAGACAUGACUGGGUUUGGGGUCCUGAUGCAGUCUCAGCGCUCACGGGCCUUAAAAGGAGGCUGGCCCUUACUAAGGAGUGUCCCCACUCACAAUGUGUCCAGAUCGGAGGCUAAACGACUCGUGGACGCAGCAGCUGAAGUCUUAGUAGCAACCGAACAUCUAGAAGAAGAUGAGGAAGACAAGAAAGAAAAGAAUUCUAACCGACCACAAUCGGCUCCCAAGCCAUUUGAGGCAAUUUGUAGUGAAAUUCCAACUGUUUAUAUUAAAAAAUGGAGUGUGAUUAACCCCAUAGACAUGGCUACUACCCAUGUGGAGAGGGUAGACCGUCGAAAGUACACCUGGGACAUCCACGGACGACGUCACAAAAAUGACAGCAAGGCGGACUUUAGGUCAGAGUCCCCUGUGCUGACUCCUGCCCCUCCACCAGACUCCCCUGAACCAGAGCCAAAGAAAGUGCGUCCUCGGUCGGCCAAACGUCGACAGCGACAGAAGACUGUGAUUGAGGUGAAUGAAACUAGACACAGGGAGGAGGUGUCUAUCGAUGAGGGAACACAGACAAUGGAGAACGGGAACCAGACAGAUCACCAGCUAUUACGACAAUACAAUUACCUGGAUGAGGAGGUGACGUCGGGUGAGAGGGCAGAGUACCAGAUUUAUGUCAGAACCGGAAACCGAAUUGGUGCAAGUACAAAGGCUGAAGUCAAACUGACACUAUACGGAGAGAGAGGUCGGAGCAAGGAAAUCGUGCUAGAUAAAUCAAAACGGCACAAAGUCUGCUUCCAAAAGGGAAAGGAAGACUUGUUCAUUGUGGCUCAUCAUCAUGUUGGAAAACUGCUGAAAGUUAAAAUUGGGCAUGAUCGAGCGGAUGCAAGUAACGCCUGGUUCCUGGAGUCUGUGACAGUCUUUGACAUGCACAGUAAGAAGAUUUACGAGUUCGUAUGUGAUCGAUGGCUGUCUGGUGUGGACGGAGAUCAUAAGACGUAUAGAGAUCUCCUGGUGGAUCGUGAUCGCGCCUUUAUACAAGCCCUGGAGGAGGAGAGUGAAGAUGACCACAAAAGUGACCGAUCGUUGAAGAUGCGCUCCCCGUCACCUGCUGUGCAGGGCAGUCUCCAUGACGACCACCUCAGUAUCAGGUCCAAUCAGGGAAGCUACACCGACACAAAGUCUGACGGCAAGACCAGGCAUUCGCGGCGUCAUCACGACUCAGGGUCAGACAGCGAGUCAUUGAGCAGCUACUCCAGCUCCUCAUCCUCCACAGAGACGUACACCACCACAACCACAACCACCACUGCCAAGAGAGAUCGAGACGAGUUUUACGAUGAUGCAAAGGGGCCAACGUUUACAAUGAAGACGAUAAAAGGGAAACCUGCCAACUCAGAUUCUGGUCCUCGUGGGAAGACAGUGUCAGUCGAGUCCUCCUCUCAAGACGGCAAAGAGUUUGUGCAUGGAUACGAGAGUGGACUAAAAGCUGUAGAGGAGGAAAAGAGAAGGAAACGUGAAGAAGAGAAUGAUGAGAGGAGGAGGCUUCUGAGGGGGCCCACUAUACAUGAGGCCGCAGAGAGGGGAAAUCUGAACCGCGUACAAGAGCUCCUCACUCACUUCUCAGAGAUGAAAGAUAACACAAAUGAACAGGGUCUAACUCCAUUACAUCUGGCAGCCAAGUUUGGUCGCGUUGACAUCGUGAAAUGGCUGACUAUUAAUGAUGUGAACUUAAACAGGGAAACGCCUCAGGGAUACUCCCCAAUUCACCUGGCGGCCAUGAAUGGGCAUGUUAACUGUUUGAUGGUUCUUCAUGCUAUGGGUGCCAUUUUAACAUGUAGAACUUUAGACAAGAAAACUCCUCUGCAUUUAGCUGCCAUGAAUGGACAUGUAGAAUGCGUGAAGUGGCUGGUGGCCAAUAGGGGCAGUCUGUCUGUGAAAGACGACAUGGGACGUACUCCGAGAGAAAUUGCCGAGGAGUUCCACCAUGAAGACGUCCUUAAAUUCCUGAAGGCAUGUGAAGAGGAGCUGGAGAACCCAUCCAGCGGGUUUGCUCAGCUCAGAAAUCCUACCGGACAAGGACUUCCUACAAUAGAUGAAGACUUAAACAGUGAUGAGAAACCAGUCUGGAAGGAUGAUAAUAAGGCUCAAGAUGAUGAAGAUUCUCACUCUAGUCAGAAAGAAAAAGAGGAGAGAAAGAAGAUCUAUGAUGACACACACAAGAAGAUGGAGCAGAAUGGCGACUCGUUCUUGGAGAGCAUCCAGCGCGAGUUUGAAGGCGGCCCUGGUCCAUAAGCGCUCACACCGUGGUGUAGUGUUGGGGAGACUUAGAUUGAAAUCAUUUUCUGUGAUAUUGUAGGCUUCAGAUGCUAGCACUGACUGUAAAGAAAGUGAAGAAAUAUUUAAAAGUCUAAUGCUAGAAACUAAUCUAAAAAUAGAAGUAUGUACGUUGAAACUCAAGAAUCGUAGCACGGAGGCUGUAUAUAUAGUAAGAUUAUACACGUGUAUAUGGAAGAAUUUUUGAAUGUCCAAUUAUAAUGGAUCCGGGCAUUUUCACCAAAAAAUGUACUAGGUAGAUCUAGAUGUUCUACCAUUACAAAAACACAGCAGGUGUGUCGAUUUUCUCUCUUGUUGUCGUUAUCUGGAUCCUGCCCAGUGUGCUUGUUUGUGCAAUCAUUGCUGAAUAGUGAUGAAACAGUACACAAUUCAUGUUACUGUGUUAAUUAGUCUGUGAUGAAUUUACAUCCGUCCAUCAUUGAAUUCUGCAAUGUCAUUUUUUUAAUUUCAUAAUCCCUGCAGAGAAAUUUAGGACGUAGUUUUAUUGAUAGUUGAAUAAAAUACGUUUAUAUGUACGAACUAAGUGUUUUCACAUAGGUUGAUAUGAAUUAAAUUUGCAUUAUUAAUUAAAGAUUUUAAUAGUGGGGACGUUAUACAAUCACCGUGUGCUUUUGUUUGGCAAAAGCAAGCUCUUAAAUUCAAUGCAGUCUUAGUAUUUAUAGUAUAUGCUUAGCACCACCAAUUUUUUGUAUUUAUCAAUUUUUCCCUAUGCUUUUAAAAUCGUGUUUACUUUAGAUAUUGAACUUUAAUCUCGUCUUUCUGAUCCGAUAUCAACGUAAACAGUUCCUGUAUUGUGCUUUGUUUUAUUUUCGGGGUAAUUUUUUUGUUACGUAGAUGCCAUGUGAUAUUGGUGAGACUGUUGGAGACAUAUUCGUGGGUAUGUUACAAGAUAAUUUUGGAUAAUUAGGUUAUUUUUAGUUAUGCUUGAAUAAAGUAUUUUACACAGAA